AUGGAUGAGACACUAGACAAUUUUCCAAAUGCUUCUUCUGACUUCCCCGAUUUCGCAGCACCUUUCGGAAAUUGCACUGAUGAAAAAAUCCCACUCAAGAGGCACUACCUCCCGGUUAUUUAUAGCAUCAUCUUCCUGGUGGGCUUUCCAGGGAAUGCAGUAGCAAUUUCCACUUACAUUUUUAAAAUGCGGCCCUGGAAAGGGAGCACGAUCAUUAUGCUGAACCUGGCCUGCACAGACCUGCUCUAUCUAACCAGCUUCCCUUUCCUGAUUCACUACUACGCCAGUGGCGAAAACUGGAUCUUUGGGGACUUCAUGUGCAAGUUCAUCCGCUUCGGCUUCCAUUUCAACCUGUACAGCAGCAUCCUCUUCCUGACCUGUUACAGUGUCUUCCGAUACUUCGUGGUCAUUCACCCCAUGAGCUGCUUUUCCAUUCACAAAACUCGAUGGGCCGUGGUGGCCUGUGCUGUGGUGUGGGUCAUAUCACUGGUGGCCGUCAUUCCCAUGACCUUCUUGAUCACAUCAACCACCAGGACCAAUAGAUCGGCCUGCCUUGACCUCACCAGUUCAGAUGACCUCGCCACUAUCAAAUGGUACAAUCUAGUUUUGACGGCAACUACUUUCUGCCUUCCCCUGGUGAUAGUGACACUUUGCUAUACCAUGAUUUUCUGCACCCUAACGCAAGGACCUCAGAAUCACAACUGCCUUAAGCAGAAAGCUAGAAGGCUCACCAUUCUGCUGCUCCUUGUGUUUUAUAUAUGCUUUUUACCCUUCCACAUCUUGAGGGUCAUUCGGAUUGAAUCUCGACUGCUUUCAAUCGGCUGCUCCACUGAGAAUCAGAUCCACGAAGCCUACAUCGUUUCUAGGCCGUUAGCUGCCCUGAACACCUUUGGUAACCUGUUACUGUACGUGGUGGUCAGUGACAACUUCCGGCAGGCCAUCUGCUCGAUGGUGCGAGGCAGAGCCAGUGGGGACCUCGAACAAGUGAAAAAAAUCAGUCACUCAAACCACCCUUGACAUAGUUCUUUUAGUCAACCAAGAAGAAAAGCCUGCUGAUAUUUUAACUUCUAAGAAGGCCUCAGUGGCUCUCAGGAAAUAUUGUAUGCUCAGGUAAUGUUUUAGACAUUAACGAGGUUUGAAAAACCAUAAAACGAUGCCACUCUUUUCACAAAUAUCUUCUGCUUUGAGUGGUCCUGAGAACAGUCUGCAGAGCUGGGCUUCAAACAGCUGGCCUCGGUGGCCCCAACCUCUGUGCCGUCAGGGGACUCGCCAUGCCCCAGGACCAAAGCCAUAAUGGGAGAGUCUGCAGACCAGAGUGUGAUCAUGACUGCCAUCUCCUAGAUGUGAGCCCUCCAUCCCUUUAUCUUAAGGUAGAGAGAAUAAUAACUUUUCCUAGGACUGUUAGAAAGCUUGUAUCC